AUGGCUAAAGGUGACCCCAAGAAACCAAAGGGCAAGAUGUCUGCUUAUGCCUUCUUUGUGCAGACUUGCAGGGAAGAACACAAGAAGAAAAAUCCAGAAGUCCCUGUCAAUUUUGCAGAAUUUUCCAAGAAGUACUCUGAGAGGUGGAAGACAACGUCUGGGAAGGAGAAAUCUAAAUUUGAUGAAAUGGCAAAGGCGGAUAAAGUGCGCUAUGAUUGGGAAAUUAAGGUUUAUGGACCAGCUAAGGGAGGCAAGAAGAAAAAGGACCCUAAUGCCCCCAAAAGACCCCCGUCUGGAUUCUUCCUGUUCUGUUCAGAAUUCUGCCCCAAGAUCAAGUCCACAAAUCCUGGUAUCUCCAUUGGAGAUGUGGCCAAAAAGCUGGGCGAGAUGUGGAAUAACUUAAGUGACAGUGAAAAGCAGCCAUACAUCACUAAGGCUGCAAAGCUGAAGGAGAAAUAUGAGAAGGAUGUUGCUGACUAUAAGUCUAAAGGAAAGUUUGAUGGCACAAAGGGUCCUGCUAAAGUUGCCCGGAAAAAAGUGGAGGAGGAAGAUGAAGAAGAGGAGGAGGAGGAGGAAGAGGAGGAGGAGGAGGAGGAGGAAGAGGAGGAGGAGGAGGAGGAGGAUGAAUAAAAAACUUUAUCCGUCUCCUUGUGAAUACCUUAGAGUAGGGGAGCGCCGUGAUUGACACAUCUCAUUUUAGAUGUGUCUGUUUCUCUCAUUAGGUUCAGUUACAGAAUUUGAUCACGAUCAUAUUGUAGUCUCUCAAAGUGCUCUAGAAAUUGUCAGUGGUUUACAUGAAGUGGCCCUGGGUGUCCAGAGCACCCUGAAACUGUAUCAAAGUUGUACAUAUUUCCAAACAUUUUUAAAAUGAAAAGGCACUCUCGUGUUCUCCUCACUCUGUGCACUUUGCUGUUGGUGUAACAAGGCAUUUGAAGAUGUUUCUGGCAUUUUUUUUUAAUUUGUAAGG